AUGGCGACCCCGCGAGACCCUGCCGCGCAUACGGUGCCGAACAAAACCAUAGAUGAUACUACGACACAACCCGACGCCUCCACGAGCGCUGCAGGUCCCCAGGCCGUAGAGGACCUUGCCGGCUUAUCUACAGGCCGCGGCGGAAACCCCGCUCUUGAUCACGAGGAAGACUUGGCGCAGGCUGGGGAAGCCUCUUCCGCUGCGAGUAGGGGUCCAGCUGCACAAGUCGCUGCACCAACCGACGACGCGCCUUCAGCUGCCAUGCCAGCACGAAGCGAGCCGCACAUGCAAGAUGAUAGCGAGACCACGGAGAGUCACGACCUGAGCACCGACCGAUCUGUCCGAGAAGAACACGCCACCGGCGGUGCUGGGAGCGCCGAGGUUGCCAGUGCCACACUUCCCAUCCGGACCUCGUCAGCACGGGCUGCGAUACGGGCUGCGCCAGCUGUGACGGGCACUGGCUCAUCGUCGACGUCUCAGAGAGACACCUCGUCCCGGACGCGGUACGUUGGCCCGGACGGACAGGUUGUGGACUUGGGAUCCAUCAUGUUUCCGCACCGGCCCAGCAGCGGUACAGAGACUGCUCCUCGCCUGUCUACAGGCAGGCGAAGCAGCCUGCGUCACCAACUGAGUCCUUCUCGAGACCGCUCGCAAAGACAUCGGCGAGACACGCCCGAUUUUGUUCUUCCCAGGUGGCAGCCAGAUGCCGAGGUGACGCUCUGUCCCAUCUGCAACACGCAGUUCAGCAUAUGGGUGCGAAAGCAUCACUGCAGAAAAUGCGGAAGAGUAGUCUGCAACUCAUGCUCUCCCCACCGAAUCACGAUUCCGAAUCAAUACAUUGUCCGCCCCCCCGACUCCGAGGUUUCCUUUACUUCAAGCCUGUUUGCGGAUCCUUUGGGAGCAAGUCUUUUGGAGCAUGAUGGAAUGGCAGGUGGCGAACGGGUCAGACUCUGCAACCCGUGUGUUCCCGACCCAAACACGGCGCCGCCGCAGAACCCGACGCCGCUUUCUCCGCGUUCGCCGCACCAUAGGUCCCGGAGUAGCUUGAGCAACGCAUAUGGCGGUUUGCCACAAACUGGCGGAUUUGGAGGGCUUGCAGGCGCGCUACAAGCAGUCAACGAUCCAGAUCAAUAUUCAGGCUCUCGGACAAGGAGUAUUGUCCUGAACCCCCCUUCAAGAGGACAUGAUCCGGUACCGACGUCGAGCCGCAGUGCCUCGUACCAGACCCCAUUCGAACGGUACAUGUCUAUGCGGCCGAGCAAUUCAGGGUCGUCACAGUUCAGCACCCGGCCAGGACUCUUUCAGGAUGCAGCGUCAUCGUCACAGCAGCGCGCACUGCCCCCGACACCUCAGAUUGCCGAAGAAGACGAGUGCCCCGUAUGCCAUAGAGAGCUACCCGCAACGACGCUGCCGGAUUUCGAAGCGCUGCGGGAGCAGCACAUUACGGCGUGCAUCCUGUCGCACAGCACGUACGGAAGCCCCGCGCCGGGUGACGGGGCCGCCGCCGCACCGCCGCCGCCGCGACGCAGCGGCAUGUACACGUACCCGGCGACGGAAAAGGACUGUGUGGACGACGCCGAGUGCACAAUCUGCCUGGAGGAGUUUGCGGUUGGCGUGCCCAUGGCGCGGCUAGAGUGCCUCUGUCGAUUUCACCGCGCGUGCAUAGCGGCCUGGUUCGUGAAUCAUCCGGGACGGUGCCCUGUACACCAGCACGACGGGUUCGGAUUUUAG